ACUCUCAUUGAAGCAUUUGAGUUACUUGGAUUGAUAAUAAUGGAGAACAAUGUUGUUUUACCUCCAACUGUCGAAGCAUUAAUAUCAAGAAUAUGCAGCGAGCAAAGCCAACUUCCACUUUCCCGCUCAACUAAGCAGGCGUUGGCCCAGAAAGACGAAGAAUCAUCCAUGAAGAUCCUCGGAAAAAUUCAAAUGUCGGGGAUUAAUACUACCUUUGAUCGGUUCUUAAUGUUUCUGAUCAGGAAAGAAUCAAACGAUUCUCCUAAAAAACGAUCAAACCCUUCUCCGGCGAACUCUCCAUUGAAAACUUGCCGUCUUAUGAUGAACUCUCCUGGGGGAGAUAGUGUUAGCAUUGGUUCUACUUCGGCACCGGUUACUCCUACUCGAAGUUUUUCAGCAAAUGCUAGUAGUGGUGGUGGAGCAGAAGGAUGGAGCCCUCAGUUGGUAGCUUUAGGGGAGCUGGAAUUCCGUAAAGCUUUUCUAAUUUUGAGCUAUAUUGGCCAAAAUAGGCUAGAAGAAGUAAUCCCUGCUGAUAAAAUUCGAAGUUAUAAGAAUUUGGCAAUGGAUGAGUUUGAGAGAAAGGUCUGGGAUUCUCUGGGUAAACAUUAUGCUGCAAUUGAUCGUGUUAAGUCACUCGAGUGGGAAUCUGGCAAGACCUAUGAGUAUCAUUGUCAUGUAAAUGAAAAUGGAAGCUAUAGGUUCAAGGGCCCUUAUUUUGAAAAGACUAGGAGUCAUUUACAAAGGGUUAUAGGAGAUGAUAACGUUCUUUCUGUUAAGUUUGAAAGAGAUGGUAAAAGUUCAGUUGACAGUGGUUCUGAUGAGUUCAAAAAAGUUGCAAAAGAAGGAAUUCUUGUCGGUUUGCGCCGUUACCGAUUUUUUGUGUUUAAGGAUGGAGGCAAAGAAGCAAAAAAGAAAGAUCGGACUACCUCAUCUGUUAAAUGCUUGUUUGUUCGAUUCGAGUCUCAUGCGUCCGUUGACGAUGGUAAAGAAUAUGUUUUAUCUGGGAAAACAGUACAAGAAGCCAGAAGCGUGUUUAUGCAUGUCCAUACCCUACCAAGUAUGGCGAAGUAUAUGGCCAGAUUUUCACUAAUACUCUCAAAGUCCAUGAAACUGGAAGUUGAUUUAGCCAAUGUAAAUUUUAUGGAGAUAGAAGAUAUACGAUGCGAGGGUAAAGAUGGAAGUUACGUACUUGAUAAAGAUGGAAAACAUCGUAUUCACACUGAUGGGACUGGGUAUAUAUCAGAGGAUUUGGCUCUGAAAUGCCCGAGAAAUGUCUUCAAAGAAAGCAUUGCUGGUGGUGCCAAUGUUGAGAUUGGACCAAUUGUUGCAUUGAUGGGGGAGGCUCCAGACAUGAAAUCGACAGAGUUCCACCAUAGGGUACCGCCUUUGCUUCUCCAGAUCCGGUUCUUUUACAAUGGUUAUGCUGUCAAGGGAACUGUACUAGUUAAUAAAAAGCUUCCACCCCAAACCAUUCAAGUUCGGAAUUCCAUGAUUAAAGUUAGGCCAGAUUCGAAUUCAUCAAAUAUUUGCACAAGAAAUUCGCUGGAAGUAGUUGCAACCAGCAAUCAACCAAAGAGAACUUCUCUUUCAAGGAAUUUGAUUAUGCUUCUUAGCUAUGGAGGUGUCCCAGAUGAUUUUUUUAUGGACAUAUUGAAGAAUGCUUUAGAAGGGUCACAGGGUGCUUUCUCCAACAAAAGAGCAGCUCUUAAAGUUGCUCUUAACCGAGGUGGCAUGGAGGAACUUGUGGCAAAAAUGAUUUUAUCGGGGAUUCCCCUUGAUGAGUCAUAUUUACAAAAUCUGAUGUCCAUAAUGUUGAAUGAAGAAAGAAAGGGUCUCCUAGUAGGAAAGCUCCCUAUAACUGACUCUUAUUAUUUAAUGGGCACUGUUGAUCCAUCAGGAGUCUUAGAAAGUGAUGAAGUCAGCAUUAUCUUGGAUAAUGGGCAGAUUUCUGGGAAAGUGUUGGUGUACAGACAACCUGGUGUACAUUUUGGAGAUAUACAUGUGCUGAAUGCUAGAUAUGUGAAAAAGCUGGAUGAAUACGUAGGACAUGCCAAGUAUGCUAUUUUUUUUCCUUGUAAAGGCCCGCGGUCUCUGGCGGAUGAAAUUGCUGGGGGUGAUUUUGAUGGUGAUAUGUUCUUCGUAUCAAAAAAUCCACAGUUAUUGGAUUAUUUCAAAGCCAGUGAGCCCUGGGUAGAAAAAUGUUCUACCCCUGAAAGGCCUAGUCCACGACCAAGUGACCUUUCAGAUGAGGAGUUGGAGAAUGAGCUGUUUGAUUCGUUCUUGAGAACUAGGUUCCAACCGAGUUAUGCUAUGAGUGCUGCUGCUGAUAACUGGUAUGCAAUAAUGGAUCGAUUUCUUACAGUACAAGAUUCAUCUGAGAAAGAACUCAUGAAGAAAAACCUGGAAUGCCUGAUUAAUUUAUACUAUGAAGCUUUGGACGCAUCUAAGACCGGAAAGAAGGUUGAAGUUCAGCAAGAGUUGAGAGUAGUUGUAUUUCCUCAUUAUAUGGAACGGGAUAACUCGUUCAAGUCGACUUCCAUAUUGGGGAAGAUUUAUGACUAUGUCAAGUCUUAUCAAGAAGAAGUGUCAAAGAAAGAAGUUCGAAAGCUCCCUUGCUUCGAAGUUGGAGUCCUCGAGGAGUGCCGUGAAAAAUGGACUGCACUUUACGAGGAAUACAGGAAAGACAUGCAGAAUGCUCUAAACUUCCCGGACAAAGACCAAAAAAACGCAGCUGCUAAUGCAGUUUAUGACAAGUACAAAAAGGAAUUAUAUGGAGCUUUGGAGCUUGCGGAGAGACAAAGGCCAGUGGACGAAAUUUGCAAUGAGGCCAUUGCCAUUUAUAACAUUUGCCAUGAUUAUGCCAUGAAAAUAGAUGAUGUAGGCAAAUGUGGGUUUGCAUGGAAAGUUGCUGGCUCCGCCCUCUUAAAUCUGAAUGCCUCGCAGCGAGACGAAAACACGCUGUUGUGUGUACCUUCUGUUUUGAGAGAACUCUUUUCUUGAACUAGUAAUGUUGUAUGUAACAAAUAGCAUGUUUGUUUGUACAAUGAUCAACUUGAAAGUAAACUUAUUGAGAGGUGUA